GAUGAGAUUCUCACAUGGGGCCUUCAUAAAUCUGCUACAUUUUCCUAGUUGAUUUUGGUAGAUUUAAAUGUUGAAACCAUCUACUGUUGCUAUCCUUCUCCUUUUCCCUCUUAUAGUUGCGGAAAAAACGGCGCGUAUUUUAGAAAAAAUAGAGGGGUCUUAUUGCAUAAUGGCCAUCAUAUCAUCUCGCCGCGAUAAAAUGGCGGCGUCACCAUCCGCAUUUCCCCUUCUCCGCAUCUCGCCUUUUUCCUCCUCCGGGCUGCGGCAAUGGCCGAAACCCUAGUCCCGCCGCCGCCGCCACCCUCUGAUCCCCACCAGAUCUAGGAUUUGUUUGUUGUUUCACGGUGCUCCAUGCCCUUCUCCUUCCUUUCCACCACAACUCCGCCCACCGCUCUCAAAUCCACCGCGUCCACCCCCGCCCGCCUCUGCUCCUCGUCAGAUCCGACGCUUAAGCACCUUUCCGAGGACAAUUGAUGACUUCUGAAAUAAAGCACGGUGGAAAGCUAUCCUGUAGCGGCAUGGAUUCUGAUGGCCCCCAUACUUCACUUAUACAUGGUCUUCCUGAUGAGAUUGCUAUUCUUUGCUUAGCGAGAGUUCCACGGCGAUAUCAUAAUGCUCUCAGGUGUGUCUCAAAGAGAUGGAGGGCACUGCUUUCCAGUGAAGAGUGGCACUCUUGCCGCAAGAGGAACAAUUUGGAUGAGCCUUGGGUAUAUGUGAUUUGUAGGAGUACGGGCAUCAAAUGCUAUGUACUUGCUCCUGAUCCUACAACCCGCUCCUUGAAAAUUAUGCAAGUCAUCGAACCCCCAUGCUCGUCUAGGGAAGGCAUUUCCAUUGAGACCUUAGACAAGAGAUUAUUUCUUUUGGGUGGUUGUAGCUGGCUAAAAGAUGCUAAUGAUGAAGUAUUUUGUUAUGAUGCCUCAUCAAAUUGCUGGAGCAGUGUAGCUCCAAUGCCUACUGCUAGGUGCUAUUUUGUUUCUGCAGCUCUGGACAAGAAACUAUACAUUACUGGUGGACUAGGUUUGACAGACAAGUCGCCAAAUUCAUGGGACAUCUAUGAUCCAGUCACAAACUCUUGGUGUGUGCACAAGAAUCCAAUGCUCACCCCUGACAUUGUAAAAUUCGUGGCAUUGGAUGGGGAGUUGGUAACUGUUCACAAGGCUGCCUGGAACAGAAUGUACUUUGCAGGUAUAUAUGAUCCAUUGUGCCGCACUUGGAGGGGCACUGAGAAUGAAAUUGCCCUAUGUUGGUCUGGAUCAACAGUCGUCAUGGACGGAACGCUCUACAUGCUGGAGCAGUCGCUCGGCACAAAGCUGAUGAUGUGGCAGAAGGAGACGAAGGAGUGGAUCAUGCUUGGUAGGCUGUCUGACAAGCUUACAAGGCCUCCUUGUGAGCUCGUAGGCAUUGGGAGAAAGAUUUACAUUAUUGGAAGAGGGCUGAGUAUAGUGACAAUUGACCUGGAUACUGUCAGGGCAGAUGGAUUCUUGGUGUCCUCUUCCACAGGCCCAUUGGUGGAGCAUGACUUCCCACCUGAGAGAUGCCGGGUUAUCAGCAUCUGAAGGCAUCAGCUUAACUGUAUAUUGUCCGGAGAAAAUGUCACACAUGUGAAGGUGACAUGGGUUGAUUGAUGCACAUAUGAAAUAAGGCAAUCCUCCAGGCAUUGUUUACUCGAGAGAGUGCCCGUUGCUAAUUGGUGUUUAAUUGUUUGUAGUAUUUUUGCUGUAUCUCCGACUUGUGCCCGUUUGCUGUAACAAACGAAGUCUGAGGUUCAGUUGUUUAUUUCACACCUAUACAUAUUGAGAUAAUAACUUGUUCAUAAUUCACGAGUGUGAUGCGUCCUGUGAUUGUUA